AGUUAGUUCAAAGAAAAAAAAAUGUGGUUGAAAACUCUAGUGAUACUUAGUGUGGUCAUCAGAUCAAUGGUGUUAAGUUCCUACGUAGACCCAGAAGAGAAAAUAGUGAUGAGAGUCAUCAAAAAAUGCACAGAAUCACCAUCCAGACUAUCCUGCUUUGCAGACAAAGCUGCCAGUGUUCUAGAGAAGUACAUCAAUUCAAACAUAACCCUUUUCGAUGGUAUUGAGCUGCAGAGGAAUUCUGAACCAUUUACCAACAUCAGCGAUUCGAGAUCUUCAACUCCUUUCGCCAGAUUCACUACAACCCUGUAUAACUUCUUGGAUACCCACACCGUGUCCUUGGAUCUAACUGAUGAGGCAAGGUCCAAAAAGAGGAAAGAUAAAGAGGUCGACGAGGAAUCUGACAAGGCCAGCGGAGGGGGUGGUGGAAGUGGAGGUAGCAGUGGUGGCAACUUGCUAGGAGGUUUGGGAGGUUUUGGAGGAGGUGGAGGUUCCAAAGGUGGAAUGAUGGGGGAAAUAAGAUACGCCAAAUACGCUUUUAUGGUACUUCUUGGUAUUUUUGGGAUGACUGGUCCAAUUUUUAUGAAAACUUUGGCGGUUGUAGCUGCUAAGGCUUUGAUUGCCAGUAAGGCGGCGUUGAUAAUUGUUGGUUCCGUUGCGCUCAAGAAGAUAUUCCAUAAAGAAAACGAGAAACCUGUUGUUAAGGUGCAUACAAUACAUGAGGAGGAGCAUGAGGACGAACACGAUAGGAUUUACCAAAAUCAGAUACCUUACAGUUAUUACGGUGAUUAUCAUAAGCCAGCGUAA